GGGAGGCGGCGGUGAUCACGGUCAGGGCCACGGUCAUGAUCUACGAUGACGGCAGUAAGAAGUGGAUGAACGCCGGGACGGGGCCCGCCGGGCACAGCCGAGUGCAGAUCUUCCACAAUCCGGCCACGCCCAUGUACCGCGUGGUGGGGAGGAAGCUGCAGGACCAGCAGGUGGUGAUGAUAAAUUGCCCGCUGAUUAGAGGACUGAAGUACCAUCAGGCCACGCCCAACUUCCACCAAUGGCGCGACGCGCGGCAAGUCUGGGGGCUGAACUUCAGCAGCAAGGAGGAGGCGGCACACUUCGCCGCGGGAAUUUCUCAGGCUCUGGAGGCUCUGGAGACAGGUGCCAGCUGGAUUCCAAUGAAUGGACCCAAAGUAGAAGAUCCGGAACCCCCCAGGAGACCUCCAGAACCGGAACCGAAGGUCCAGAGUCCAGUUGCCCCGGUUACUCCACCAUCAAGUGGUCCUCCAGCUCCGCCUGGCCCACCACCUCCACCGGGGCCACCGCCGGUUCCUGGGGGUCCUCCCGCCCCUCCAGGGGGUCCUCCCGCCCCUCCAGGGGGUCCUCCAGGUCCACCCCCUAUGCCUUCUGGGGGCGGUCCUCCCCCUCCCCCUCCUCUACCCUCUGGUGGAGGUCCCGGGGGUGGCGGGGGUGGUGGAGGCGGCGGGUUGGCGGUGGCCCUGGCUGCAGCCAAGCUGAAAAAAGUGGCAAAGGAUGAAGUGGGCGGGACUUCGCCAGCGAGCGCGGGGCCAGCCAAGCCGGAAGCAAGCCGCACCAGUGGAGGAGCAUCGGUGGGGGGAGGGGGAGGAGGAGGAUUGAUGGAGGAGAUGAACGCAAAGCUGGCCCGCCGUAAGAAGAUGACGCAACAGGGCGAACGCCCCGCCCCCACCACGCAGGAUGACAGCGACAUACAGAGUGGGAGGAGCCAAACCGAACCGGCCCGGCGCCCCUGGGACAGAGGGAGCACCACGUUGCCCAGGAUGAAGUCGACGGUCGGCAGUACGGAGGCGGCUCCCAGCACCGACGAAUCACCCGACUCCAUGGAGAGGAUGAAGCAGGAACUACUGGAUGAGAUGAGGAAAGAGCUGCAGAGAGUGAAGGAGGACAUCAUCGAA